AUGGGGGGAGCAGGAGGAAAGCAGGUCACUGUGCAGCGCUGCUUAUGUGGUAAGAACAUGUCUCAUGUGAAGGCAGCCUGCAUCCUCUGUGGCUACCUGAAGCUGCUGCCUAUGUUCCUCAUGGUGAUGCCAGGGAUGAUCAGUCAGAUUCAGUACACAGCUAAGGUGGCCUGCGUUGUACCUUCUGAGUGUGUGAAACAGUGCGGCACUGAAGUUGGCUGCACCAACUACGCCUACCCUACGCUGGUGCUGGAAUUGAUGCCUGAUGGACUUCGAGGCCUGAUGCUGUCAGUCAUGGUGGCCUCCCUCAUGAGCUCCCUGACCUCCAUCUUCAACAGCUCUAGCACCCUCUUCACCGUGGACCUCUACACCAAGAUGAGGAAGAAGGCGUCUGAGAGAGAGCUCCUGAUAGCUGGACGGUGA